GAUAUAUUUUUUUCUGAUAAUGCGUUACCUAGUACCUUAGGUACCUAGGUACAUUAAAAACUUAUAUCAGUCAACUGUUACUAACAGGUUCUACACCACAAUCGUCCAAGAUGUCUGUCGUAUCUUUACUUGGCGUCAAUAUUUUGAACAACCCCGCCAAAUUCACCGACAACUAUGUCUUCGAGAUUACCUUUGAAUGUCUCGAGCAACUUGAGAAGGAUUUGGAGUGGAAGUUGACCUACGUCGGCUCUGCAACCUCUGAUCAGUACGAUCAAGAGCUCGACUCUCUCCUUGUCGGACCCAUCCCCGUCGGUGUCAACAAGUUCAUCUUCGAGGCCGAUGCCCCCAAGACUAACCGUAUUCCUGAUGCCGACAUUUUGGGAGUGACUGUGGUCCUCCUAACUUGCUCCUACGACGGCCGCGAGUUCGUUCGCGUUGGAUACUACGUCAACAAUGAGUACGAGACUGACGAGUUGAACGCUGACCCCCCUGCCAAACCCAUUGUCGAGAAGAUUCGUCGCAAUGUGUUAGCCGAUAAGCCGAGGGUCACGCGAUUUGCCAUCAAGUGGGAUUCCGAAGCAUCUGCUCCCCCUGAAUUCCCCCCUGAGCAACCCGAAGCCGAUCUCCAACCCGAUGACGAAGAGUAUGGAGCUGAAGAACUCGAAGAAGAAGCUGAGGAAGAGGGCGUCGAGGCUGCUGAGGCUGCUGGUGGAGCCAAUGCUGCCGCCGUAGCCGCCGAUGGAGACGCUGAAAUGGAAGGCGUUGAGGAGAACGGAGAGCAGGCUGAAGAGGAUGAGAUGUCCGAAGAGGGCAGCGUCGAUCUCGAGAAUGAAAGCGAGGACGACCUUGAGGAAGAAGUUGAGGGUGAAGUUGUCGAAGGCGGUGACGAUGCCAUGGAGGUUGACGAGAAGCCAGUUGGUGACUCAUCCAAGCCUCACGAGGUCAUGGCUCAUUAACCAUCGUUUGGUCUUCGGUUGGAGGUUGAUUUCAAUAGCCUAUCAUCAGGCUUUUUCUGCAUGCAGUUGUGGUUGAUGUUCCGUACGAAGUUAUGAAAAAAAGCCUUGAUAUGAGUGUUAAUUGGCUUAUGGUAGGAGUAUGAGUCAUUUGGUAAUGAAAGGCCACACACAUGGCUUAUAAACACUUCACUUCCUGUUCCAUAACACGGAUGCAUAUGGUUUAUGCCCCCAAAUUCAUGGCCUCUUUGGUAACAUAAAGGGUGACAUGAACAGAAAAGAAAUCAAGUUUAUCUUGUUUGUUUUUAUCUGUGGCCCUGAUGAGACUUCCUGUUCCAUUCGCACUCUCUAUUUAAUAUUGAUGGGGGCUAAUUGUUAGUAGUUCUCGCUUAUUAGCAUAUGUGAAAGCACUUUGACCAAAUCGCCAAUGUGCUACUUAAUGAAGAUGAUGCUUUGAGGAAUCCAGCAACUCUU